AAUUGCCGCAGUCAGUGCAGCGAUACCAAACCAACUUCAUCUUCUUCCUUUCAUCGGAGCAGGUGCGCAGACGCAACCGCCGCCGCCGUCCUCCACCACCAUCGCCACCGCCACCGCCGCCGCCACCCCCUCUCUGCAUAUACCCUUGCCUGUUCGCAGCACGGAUAGGAUGCCGCAGGUGGAUCUCGUCUCCGCUUGCGCUGGUGGCUCCUGCGACCGCAAGAUCGCCUGCGAGACCAUCGCCGGCGCCGAAGAUCCAGCGUCCGCGCAGCCGGCGGAGGGCGGCCUGGACCAACUCUCCGAUCGGCCGGAGAUCCCCCCCGAUUUCCCGCCGGAGUCCUUCUGGCUCUCCAAGGACGCCGAGUUCGACUGGUUCGACCGCAACGCCUUCUACGAGCGCAAGGAGUCCACCAAGGCCAGCACCAACUCCGGGAACCUCAACCCCAGCUCCAACUCCAACUCCAACUCCCAGCGCUUCUCCCUCAACCGGAAGUCGAAGGCCUCCAUCAUCGGGCUCCCGAAGCCGCAGAAGUCCUGCUUCGUCGACGCCAAGAACCGGAAGACCGCCGCCAAGGCCGCGAACGCGCGGCUGUUCCCGAAGCGCAACGGAUCGUCGGGCGGGAAAUUGAACCCGUCGCUGAUCGAGCCGUCGUCGCCCAAGGUCUCGUGCAUGGGGAGGGUCCGGUCGAAGAGGGACCGGAACCGGAGGUUGCGCAGCCGCAGCCGUGCCGUCGAACCGGCCGCGGGAAGGCCAAGCCGGCCGCCAAGAAGAGGACCGGCCUCUUCGCCAGCUUCCGCUCCAUGUUCCACAGAGGCGGCAAGUCGCGGGCCGGAAGCUUCGACCGCCGCGCCGCGGCGCCGCUCCCGGGGAGUCUCCCCCGCGGAGGAGCUCCGCCAGGAGCGUCACGCGCGACAUCAGGGACCGCCUGCCGGCGCGCGAGGCGGGCGCGCUCUCCCCGGAGUCGCUGCCCAGGCGGAGCGCCGCGGACGGCGACGCGCCGGGCCUGGGCGGGAUGAAGCGGUUCGCGUCGGGCCGGAGGUCGGACGCCUGGGCCAACGACGCGGACGCGCUCUCCCCGGAGUCGCUGCCCAGGCGGAGCGCGGCGGACGGCGACGCCCUGGGCCUGGGCGGGAUGAAGCGGUUCGCGUCGGGUCGGAGGUCCGACGCCUGGGCCAGCGACGUGGCAUAGCGGAGAUCCUCCGCAGUCAAAGGGGGCGACGCCAGCCGGGCGGGCGGAUCUCGGGCCCCACCGAGGACGGAGAAAUCGAUCGGGACGAGAUCGGGAUGCCCUGGGUCUCGGUUGGCUGGCUGCCGCGUGGGGCCCGCUGGCCAGGAUUUUGGGCAGGUGGGCAGGUCGUCGUUCGGCUGACGUGGCGCGUUGACUGUUCGGGACGAGGUAAAUAAGAACAAACUACUCGGUGCGAAUUUACCCCGCUCAGCAUAAUUUUUGUUUUCUUUUUCUCUCUCUCUCUCUCUCUUUUCUUUUCUCCCUUGAGGGGGGCCGAAAAUCUGGUUUUCGAUCUGUGUAAGGGGCUUCUUCAAGGUUUUGUAAAUAGAGAGGUUUGACGCAAGAGCAGGGAUUUUUGCUCCUUUCUUUUUUUCUUUGCUAGUUUUUCUUGUCGAGGGCGGUGGAAGGGAAAAUGAAUGAAUGGAUUGAAUAACAUGAACAGAACCGGCGAAAUUGUCGCCGUUCCUGUGUAGUUUCCGAUCAUCAUCGGCGGCGGCUUCCGGUCCGGCGGAUGGGAUCUGGUCGAUCCCAACUCGCAGAUCGCGAGAGAUUCUUUCUUUAACUCAAGAUGUCUCAAAUCCCAUCUGACAACUUUCAAAGUGGCGAUCUCGAGAUAUUUUUAUUUAAAAACAAAGAUGGUAUUCGAAGCCUACUUCCCC